AGUAUCUCGUUUCGCCUGUUUGAACAGCUUCUGAUCAUUAGCUUGACACUUAAAUGGGAUUAUGUGCGUGUCAUUCUAGAGUAAUCAUGCGAUCCUGGAUACCCCUUCUCGUACUUUUUGCCGUUUUGGCAGUUUUUGCACAAGCCGGCAAAUCUUCUGAAAGCGAUGAGUCUCGUCGUCGCCCAUCAAAAUCCUCCGAAUCUUCCGACAGUGACUCAAAGUCUUCUGAUUCCGAUUCCAGCUCUUCUGAAGAGAGCUCUGGAGAUGUUCCAUCCGAGGCUCCAAAUACCGAUUCCACCCCUGUCGAAAUCCUAGCUGCAGCAAAACCAGAUUCCGGGAUCCUUCUCGGCCCCGGUGACAAUCGUGUGAAGCGAGAUGGGCUUCCGAGCUUCUACGAUAUCCGCAAGAAACGUGGACUUCCAUCCGCCUAUGAUAUUCGUCGCAAGUAGAGUACAUCGUUAACUCCCAUCACCCAUUUCCCACAACAUUCCCACCUACAAAAUAGCUCCUCGAUGAUGAUCAAUAAAAUAUCGAUAUUCAU